AUGGUAGCAUCUCCCGAGUCGCACAUUGCUGACAUGCGGACAAUGCUAGCGAAGUUGAGCGCAGGCCUCCCGGUGCGCCAUCGCCCAGAAGACUCUCUAAUCGUCCCCAGACGCGACGGAGACGUGGUUCUAGUCACUGGUACCACGGGUAGCCUGGGUUGCCACCUACUCGAGGCGCUGUCUUUGACGCCCACAGUCCACCGUAUCUAUGCACUCAAUCGCGCAUCCAAAGACGGAACGCCACUCUAUGUUAGGCAGAAGGCGGCGCUGAUCGAGCGCGCGAUUGACGCGCGAAUCCUGAAUCUUCAGAAAGUGGUAUUGAUAGAAGGCGAUCUCAACCACCCUACCUGGGGCCUUACUGAAGGCACUUUUGAGGAGUCGCUUUACUUACAUGCAGAUCUGCCACCUGUAGCGUGGCGCGUCGACCUAGUUGCGGACCUAGACGCCUUCGAACCGGUCUUGCGUGGCCUGCGGCGGCUCAUCGACUGGUCGCUUAGUUCGCCUUUACCAAUCCCACCUCGUAUACUGUUUGUCGGCUCAUGUAGUGUUCUACAAAAGGCACCUCGCGACAAGUCCAUUGCGGAGACCGUCGUCGACAUAUCUGCUGCCACGUACAGCGGCUACUCCAUGUCAAAGUGGAUUGCCGAACACUUGUUGCUUGCUGCGGCGAACGCUUCCGGACUUGAUCCUCUUAUUGUCCGUGUCGGACAGCUUUCCGGCGGGCCGGGCGGUGCAUGGGCCGCAAACGAAUGGUUUCCCCUCAUGGUGCAGAGCGCGCCUUACCUCGGUUGCUUCACGGCCGACCCACGGCCUGUGGACUUCCUCCCUUUCGACGUCGGCGCAGCUGCGCUUGUCGACAUGCUCGACGCCUCGAGCCCAACGCACAUUGCGCACCUCGUUCACCCGCGUCCCACAUCCUGGAACGCAAUUGCCGGGCCCAUCGCCGCGGCGCUGGGCGUUGAGCUCGUGCCGUUCGCCGAGUGGCACGCACGCCUCGAGGCGGCGCCGAGCGUCCGCGAGCUGCGCGCCCGGCGGCUGCUCCCGUGGUUUCGUGGACAGGCCCUGCGAAUGUCGUCGAGCCCAAAUGCGAUGGGUUGGCCGGGGAUGGAUACCACAUACGCUGUUCGAGCAUCGCGCACGCUCGCGGAUCCGGCAUUAAGGCAGCUGGGGGAGGAGGAUGCAGACUCCGUUGUCAGCACGGCGCAUAAUGGUACUGGCCAAUACAGCAUAAGAGUAUCAGCUUACAACAUAAUACUGUCUAUGAUUGUCGGGCUCAACGUCACCUGUACGACGAGGUCUCCUUGUCAUCUCCACAUUUCGUAUCCCGCCCGGCCGUCGUUUGUUGAUAUGCUUCUUUUCGUCUUCGUCUGCACGGAGCGAUUGGACGUAACACUCCUGCGUGAAGUGGGUAUCAAACUAGGUGGCUUCACGGGCGUGAUUGUGGGCCGAUGUGAAUGCGUGAUCUUUGAUAACCACGACCGCACGCUCGCAGCUUUGGAGGGCACGAUCGUCUGCCAGGAGCCUGUCAAAGCAUCAUCAAUCGUACUUCCCUCAUCCUAA